AUGUGCAACCUAAAGCUGUCGGUUUUCUUCAUUGCACUUUCUGUCACUCUGAGCUGUUUGGAAUCUACACCUAUUGAGAAUCACCAUCUGGAGAAACGGAAAUGCAACACCGCUACAUGCGUGACACAACGCUUGGCUGACUUUUUAGUUCGUUCCAGCAACAGCAUCGGAGCAAUUUAUUCACCUACGAAUGUGGGGUCCAAUACAUAUGGAAAGAGGGACACAGCUGGGCUUUUAAGGAGAGACCCCUAA